AUGGAAAAACGCGAACUUUUGCGUGAGGCUACUAGACGUCCUUUAGAUGAUGCAGCUAAAGAGAGGAGACAGAGAAAAACUCUUAGCUUGUUGGAACAAGAUAAUCACAUUGAAGAACCCCACUCAGAUGUGAAAGGAACGAAGAGACCACAAUUUGGAGAUGAGGAUGAAGAUAUUUCAGCCAACAAUAAGCGCCGAAAAAAGAAACGCAUAUCGAAUAUUCGUGCACGCUGUAGGAAAACGUUUGAGAUUUUACUGGAUGAAGAAUAUCAAGCAACGAAAGGAGGAACUACUGGUCCCUGCUAUUUUACGGCUGCCGUUCCUCCGAGCAGGCUACCCAGGAGGAAGUUUUUUUGUGGUCUACCAUACUGCAGUAGGAAGUGUUAUGAAAUACAUUCAGAUACGCGGUGUAUGAAAUGGGUCGCUUAA